AUGUCAGUAGCCACCCUACGCCCUCGAAGUAGUCCCACUGCUCAGCGACGCAUACAAGUCGCAUUUGCUUCCACAUCCGCAUUUCCAGUUGCGUCCUCAAGUACCAACUCAACCCCCCGUAGAAGGCGAUUAAGAGAUGAUAUUCCCACGUCGGGUGUAGACCUGGUCGCACCUCCCGAUCCUCAAUCGAAUAUCCGACCAAUCAUUUACGCUUCCAAACCCUCCAUCAAUCCAUCCACAAACUCACCUUACUCCGCAUCGGAGUUCCCAACCGGGUCCAGGGAUGCUAGAUUGGAGAAUAUGGAGCUGGAAUGGAGGCUGAAGAGGGAAAGAGUAGAUUUGAGGAAUCAUCGGUUCUGGGCAACCACCAACCUCUCGUUCGAAGCUCUCAAAGCCCAUCGUCUAUCCCUCUUACCUCCUGCAUCAGAUCCACCAACAGCAGAUGAUGAAAGAAGGAAAGAAGACAUGUUGACGCAGUUUUACGCUGACUGGCAGAUAGCUAAUCAGGAGAGGCAGAUACGCUGGGUGAAAGAAUGGUGGAGGGAGGUAUGGGACGGUAUCAAAAUACAGGGAAAGAUAUACUUUUUGAGGGCUUUGAGGAGGAAGCGGAAUUGA